AACUUUGGAUUGCUUUUUAAAUUUGUAAAAUAAUUAAAUUUUUUUAUUUAUCUUUCAUUUUUAUAUCUAACAUUUUUGUAAAUAAUAAAUACACAUAAAAAGAACUAAAUAAUUGUAAAUAUUGUAUAAUUAAUCUAAUGAGCCUUUUAUUGGCUAUACCUAAUAAAUAUAAUACUAUGUCUUCUUCAUUGCAUACAGACUUUUCAGAUAUUUCAUCUAGAUCUCUAGAAUCAAAAAUUUCAGAUGUACCUAUUGAUUCUCACACUGUAUUAUUAAAAGAUGAUGAUCAAUUGUUAAGAUUGAAAAUAAGACAAGUGAUGGAAUUAACAAAUAGAACCAGUGAUGAAGCUGCCUUUGCAUUGCAUGAUGCUGAUAAUGAUGUAAAUAAAGCUGUAAACUUUUUAUUAGAAGCUUCAUCUGUACAUACUUUUCAAAAUGAAUGGAAAACAACUGUUUCAAAUAGAAAAAAGAAAAAUUUGCAAAAUGUUUUAGAAAAUAAUGAAGGCCAGAAAAAUAAACUAAAAAAACCUCUGGUCAAUUUUGAUAAUAAGAAAAAGAAAGAGAAAGAGUUAAAAAUUGAGUUAAAUUUAUCAAAUCAAGAAUCUAAGGAUACUAUUAAAAAUGAUUUUGAAACAGAUAAAUUUCAACCAGAUACAACAUUUAAUAAAUCAGAGUUAUUGGAUAAUGAAAACAAAUUCAUUAAAAUAGAUCAAAUAAACAUAAAUCAGGAAACACAUAAAGAUGAAGAAAUAAAAAACAGUAAUUUUCUUAAUAAAAAUUUAAAAAGACCAGUAACAAACAAAGAUAACAAUAUUUCAUCAAGGUGUAAAAAAUAUGAACCUAUUUCUAAUCAAGAAAAUUAUAUUUUUAAACCCUUUCGAAAUUUUUCAAAUACAUCAAAAUUAAAAUCGGACCAAUAUAUAAAUGAAUCUAAAUUUGAUGAAAAAAGAAACAAGGAAAGAUUUGAUGAAAAUUUGCAAAAGUGUAAUGAUGAUCAGAACUGGCCAAUUUCAAAUAAAAAUAGUUAUUCUAGAUUAUCCAGAGGUGCAAAAUCAUUUAAUUCUAAAUUGACACAACCUCAAUUUUAUCCUAGGAGAAUAGGUCCUACAAAUAUAAAUAAAAAUGAUCACGAAGAUCAAUUAACCAACAGUUUUAGAGAUAAAUCCAAAUUAAAUGUCAAACCUGCCAGAUCAUUUGGAUCUAAUCAUGUAGAGACAGAUAGAAAUGAAAUGAAUAAAUUUAAAACAGACAGAUAUAAAAAUAAAACAUAUUUGAAUAAUCAUAGGUAUGAUAGGGGGAGUUACCAAAAUAAAGCUCCUCCUAAUUCAUUUUCAAUAUCCAAAAAUAAGAUUUAUAAAAAUGAAUGUUUUAAUAAAUACCCUAAACAUAUUGCUCCUCAAAGUGAAUCAAAUGAUACAGCCAAACCACUGAAAACUGAAUUUCAAAAUGAAAAUAUCAUUUGGAGUAGUGAAAGUUUUGGUGAAUGGAAGGUUGAUGAAUGUGUGCAUGAGAAUGAUUCAAAAGGAAAUUCAAAAGUUUCAGAUAAAGAAAAUAAUGCAAGUGUAGUUACAAAAAGUAUUGACAUUGUUCAACUCCUUGGGUCUGCUUUAAAAAAAUCUGAUAAAAAAGAAAGCUGGGAUGAUGACAUUCUUAAAGAUAAUGUUGAUGUUAAAGGUAAUGAUAAUAACAAUGCCGAAUAUUAUAGUAACGACAACAAAAAAGCAUCUGAUACCAUUAAAAACGCUAUUGGGAUUGGUAUGGAUAAAAAAAGUGAAACCCCCAUUAAUUCAUCUAUUAUAAGUAAUAUGUGGGAUGACCACUAUCAACAACCAAAACAGAACAUCAAAUAUACAAAUUAUACUGAUACGACCAAUCGUCAUAACACUUCCUUUAAGCCUAAAUUGCUACCACUUUCAAAAAUUCCAAAUAUACCUGUAGUCAUGCCUAAUGCCCACCUACCAUCUAUGCCUGUCAACUUUGAAUUUGGUUCCGAUUUUGAAUUUGGUAAUUCAGAAAUAAUGAACGUUCCCUCUUCGUUUGAAACAGACAAUUCUAUGGAGGAUUCUGAACCCCCAUCUUCAAUAAAUAGUCACAAUACUAAGGUUCAAAUUAACAGACAUAGAGACAUGCCACUUGGAAAAGAUAUUCAAAAUAUUCAAAGGGAAAACUCGUCAAGCUCAAGAACAAAUGAGAAAUCAUCUAUGGGCCUAAAUACUUCUAGAUACGAAACAAUAAAUACCCCACAAAAAAAAACUAUGCCUAAUAAUCGUUUGCAACCUCAUUAUUACGAAUGUGAACGCACAAACGAUCGAAAUCCUUCACAUUAUAAUAAUAAUGUUAGGAAACCUCAAAUCGAUAAAGCUGAUGAUACACAUCAAUCUGAAGUUAAAUUUAGAGAUAAAAACAAAAAUAACCUAUCAAACCUAAACAGCACUAAUUACCUAAACAACUCAGCAAAUUUUAAUAGAAAUGACGCCUUUAGUUCGUCAUCGCACACCGAAAAAUCGCAUCAAAAUAUAAAUUCUCACAACUAUAAAGACGCAAAUGAAACAAAAAGUAAUUUUACGGACAUUAAUGAAAAAAAUUCUAGAGGACUAAUAAGCUCUUCUAACGCUUCCCCACAUAAGGUCACACAUAUCCGGCCCGAAGAAAAUAAAUCUUCAGAUUCUUUGAAUCAGUAUUCCAAUAAUAACAAACAAAGUUUACAGCAAAAUAACGAAAAGUCUCAUAAAAAUGUAGAAAACAUCUUAAAUAACUCUAAGCCAUCCACCCAAUUCACAUCACAUCCCUCAUCAACUCUUAACAUAAAUGAUACAUUUGUUGGUUUAUCCGUGAAUAACACAAGCAAUACCCUUUCCUUCAAUAAUAAAUAUUCAGUGGGUGUUUCACAAACUACUCAUUCUAUAUCAGCCGCUAAUAGAUUGCAAUCUAGUUUUUCACCUGCAUUUACCCCUCUUCUCAAUCCUCAAUAUGCCUUAGGUCAAGCCUUGGGACUUCCAUAUUUUACGCCGCCAAUAUAUUCCUAUGAAGAUUUACAGCUUCUUCAGAGGUUCCCGAUGGCAGCUGGUUUUUACGAUUUCUCUUCUACACUGGGAUUAUUUCAACAAACCCAACCCCAACAAUCCCACAUAUCCUCGCUAACUUCGAACCUUACGAAUAACCCAGCUGCCAACAAUGCCUUGCUGCAUAACAUGAUGAACAACAGUAACCAACACCAAUUAUUAUCUCAUAACAGCAGCCAUAAUCAACAGAAUUAUAAUCAACAACUCACGUCAACAUCGUUGCAACAUCAUCAUAAUCAACAUCAGAUGAACGUGCAUAAUAGUCAUCAUCACAAUAACUCUUCAUCCUACACUCAUGCAGCUACUAACCAACAACUCGCAUCUUCCAAUAAUUACAACCAUACUAAUAUUAAUAUUCAAAAUGCCUCAUCCUUAUUGACUAAUAACGCUGGUAAUAACCAGAUGGCGGCCAAUAAUUCACUCAACAGUAAUACUAAUUCUAACGUUUACCUCAUGAACCAACUCCUGCCAGGGGUGAUGAAUUCUCUCUUCCUAGGUCCCACGACUGUUCAAAAUAACAAUAUGAGACCAUCCCAAUUUAACCAGCAUCUCGAAACUGGGAACUCUAACUUGCAACAAAGAUCUGUUAGCAAUUUGGAAUGUGUUGGCAGCAAUAUUCAUCACAACUCCAAAUCUUUGGCAAAUAAUAUGCCAUCACAGAAUGGUGGAUCAUCUUUAUAUAUGCCUAAUAAUUUAGAUAAAAAACGUGAUAGCAACAAUUCAAAUCCUAACCUGAAUAAUUUGAGUCACUAUUUACCACAGCAACAUGUGUCCUACAUGGGAAAUUCAUCAUUUCCACCCUCUCCUGGUAUGGGGAUUUUGUACCCUAACGGCAUGAUUCCGACUUCUCCAUUUCCUCAAUAUCCACCAAUCACCGCAUUUCCAAUAAAUCAACCCCAAACGUUGAUACAACAAAAGAUUAACCAUAAUCGGUUUGUGGAUGAGGAUAUUGCUAAUAAAGAAGUGAAUAACGAGACCUAUUCUCGCAACAUGAUGUCCAAACAAGGUCCAACAAUCGAAAUGGACAAAAAUAAAUCGGCGUCAGUGACUACUUAUAUACCCAAUUCUGUCAAUAAAACUAACAACCACAUAAACAACAAUUUCACUAAUAAAUCACAAAUAAAUUCAUCUCUCAAAAUUAACCAUCCUACAAAUCAGGAAAAACUUGAGCCUUGUAACAAACAAAUAAAUAAUAAUGCUUUGAAUAACAACAAUAACAUGAAUCAAAACCGGAUCCCUUAUGAUAUCCUAGCGGUUUUCCAACAACAACAGAACCUUCAAAAUCAGAGCGGCAAUAUUGCCCAAAAUCAGGGGGCAAUUAACGCCAAAAAUUCUACUCGAGAAUCGAACCAUGCUAACUUGAGUACCAACAAUUCAACUAGUACGGGCUCGGUCGUUGGGCACAAUACCAAUGAAAUUUGUUCUGAAGCGGGAGGAGGAAUUGGGGUACUUGAUCACAACGCUAAUAUGAAGGUAUCAGAUCACAGUCACGCCACAACUGGUUGUGAGAAACAACUUGCUAAUAUUUCUAAUGCUAAUAAUCAUCACCCUAAUUUGGCCGGAUCUAAUAACAACGCAACCAAUAUUGAUAACUCUUUUAACAGGUUUAAACCCUCUAAUCAAAGCCAACACCCAACCACUACUUCCUUUAGCCACCAUCAUUCUUCCCAUCACAACACACUACACCACAAUGAACAACGUUUUUACCGACAGCAAAAUUCACAGCCUCCUAACAACAAUAUCUAUUUCAACCCCCAUAUUGGAUCUUCGAACCCUCCUGGCAAUCAACGAAUGAACAAUACUAAUAUGAACGCCAGUUACGGAGUCAAGCAAGCUGGCAACAAUAGCAGUAGUUUGGAAAAAGGCAGUUCCGGUAACAAUAAAGUUAAUAAUACCAGUCAAUCGUAUCAACAUCACCACAACUCUCAAAACAGUUAUUGGAACUAAUACCCUCUGUAUAGAUUCUGCGUUUAAUAUAAUCUAAAGGUGUCAUUUUUCAAAGAACUGAAGAAAAUUGCGUAAUGUUGAAUAGAUCAAAUACAUUUUUCUUACUAUUCUUCAACCCAUUAUCGGUGAUUAUUAAUUCGAUUUGACCCUUGGGUCAGUCUGAUUAUAGGUUUUUAUUACGAAUUUGUCAUUUUUUUCCUUCUUUGAGCUUCAGUUAUUUUUGAUUAUUAUUUGUAAACGAUGGCGAUUUCAUAUUAACUUGUACAUAGUUUAAUUAUAUAUAAAUUUAACAAAUCGGUCUUGUUGGUUAUUAUUAAAUAGUUUUUUAUUUGGUCUAUAUUUUAUUCCCUGUUAGAAAUGCCCCAAUCAUUACAACAUAGAAUUUCGUUUUAUGCAUCACAUAAAUGAUAUAUUAGAAUAUCAAAUUACUCGCGAUUAAAUGUUUAUAAUUAUAAAAUAACUAAGGUUUAUAAUUAUAAAAAUACGCAAAUUUGAAAAAAAAUUUAGCGCGACAAAAUCUUUAUAUAAAGCUAUAUUGAAUUUUUUCGUUUUAACGGUUCAUUAUU